UAGGUAACGUUAGCGUUAGCAAGUCUAAAGCUCGGUUCAGUGCUACAGUAUCUAACGUUAUAUAUUGAGGUAUCUAGCUAGAGCUAACGUUAGCAGAAUGAUUUAUGCUGAGUUUUGUUGGCUACCAGUAAAGUCGUUAAAAAGAUAGCUAGCUAGCUAUCUUGCUACUAUCUCGACUAGUAGCAUGCUUCCGCCUACAGGCUAGCUGAUUAUUUCUAUUAAUUUCUAAUUUUCCUUAUCUAUUGCGCCGUGUUAACUACAGCAAAUACUUUACUGGACAACUACAGUAGUAUCUAGCUCUAGUAGUGCUGGCUGGGCUAGCUGAGGGGCAAAGCAGUUGUACGGUAUGCUAAAGCCAUGUUGAUGUAGUUCAAUUCGCAUUGCUUGGGUGUGAAAUGUGUUAUCAUUGCAAUCAAGCAGUCAGUUCUGUGCUGGCUUCAUAGGUUAGCAGGUAUAGCCAGCUAACUUAACCAGCACUAGAAAGUAAUUCAGUUACGUUUAUCUCAGCUUGAUUGAGCUAGAAACGACCAUAACAUUGGUAAUUCGGUUCUGAAGGGAUCGCUUACAUUUAAGAAACCAUGUCUAGCAAAGCCACAACCAAGGAAAAAAAGUCUGGUUUUAGCAAGAAGCUAUUCCGGCGGAGUUCAGUACGCUCUGUCGGUAGUUUUAUGAGCAGAGUCUUAAGGACCUUGUCAACAUUGUCCCAUUUUGGAUCGGAGGUGCAUUCAACUGAGGGUGACAAAGACGAUGGUGGGUUCAUAUCAUUUAAGACAGGAGGUAAGGAUGCCCAGCCUUUGGAUGACACGGACUGUAGCGGCUUCCUUUUUGGAGAGAAGGUUCCUGGAGUGUCGGGUCUCAAAAACCAUGGAAACACCUGCUUCAUGAAUGCAAUUCUUCAGUGCUUGAGUAACACUGAGCUCUUUGCUGAGUUUUUGGCACUGGAACAGUACAAGGGUGAGGGAAUCGAUGAAGAGAAACCGAAGACCAAUGGUGUGCUUUUGCAGAGGAAAGCUCCGCAGCUCAGAGGAGAGGUUACAGAGCAGCUGUCUGGCCUGGUCCGGGCUUUGUGGACUUUUGAGUACACUCCACAACACAGCCGAGAGUUUAAAAAUGCUGUGUCAAAAAACGCCUUGCAAUACAAAGGGAAUGCUCAGCAUGAUGCACAGGAGUUUCUGCUCUGGCUCCUGGACAGGGUACAUGAGGACCUAAACUGCAUUGUACACCCCAACAACAGGCCAUCAAUAAAGCCACCAACUGAAGAGGAUGACGGAGGCCUUGAGGGUCCUUCUCCUCCCCUGUCUGCUGGUUCAUUUGUUCAGGAACUAUUUCAGGCUCAGUACAGGUCCUCACUUACUUGCCCACAGUGCCAAAAACAGAGCAACACCUUUGACCCGUUCCUCUGCAUCUCUCUGCCCAUCCCCUUACCUCACACACGGCCUCUGUAUGUGAUAGUGGUGUACCAGGGAAAGUACUCCCAUUGCAUGCGGAUCGGAGUGGCCGUGCCACUGAACAGCUCUGUGUUCCGGCUCCGAGAGGCAGUGUCACGUGAGACCAAGAUCCCCACGGACCAGUUUGUCCUGACGGAAAUGUACUACGACGGGUUCCAUCGUUCCUUCUGCGACGACGAGGACGACCUCAACGUCAUUCAAGAGAGCGACUCCAUCUUUGCCUUUGAGACGCCCGAGACCUUUCGAUUGGAGAACCUUCGAACUAAAAGAGGGAGUCUUCUUGCAAACCUGAAUCAGAACAACUUGAAGUAUGGGACUGAGAGCAGUAGGACUUCAUCCUUCAUGCAGGGGGCGGUGACUCCUGUUUCGGCUUCGCCCAAUAAGAACAUGGGAGUAGAGAAGAUGAUCCUGCUGGUCUGCAACCGAGCCUGCUCUGGCCAGCAAGGGAGAAGGUUUGGUCUACCGUUUGUACUGUACAUGGAACGUACUGUGACUUGGGAUGCACUACAGAAGGAGAUCCUGGAGAAAAUGCGUCACCUGCUAAGGCCAGGAGUUUACAUUCAGGUGGGGCCGUUCAGCCUUCGGGUGGUUGGUGUUGUCGGGAUCACCUAUCUUCUACCCCAAGACGAGCAGCCCCUGUGCCACCCCACAGUGGAAAGAGCAUACAAGUCCUGCGGACAGGGCGGACCUCCACAUGUCAAGAUAGUGGUGGAGUGGGACAAGGAGACCAAGGACUAUCUGUUUGGCCACACUGAAGAGGAGUACAUCCCUGAUGCAGAGAGUGUAUAUCUGCACAGGGAGCAGCAUCACCAGCCCCAGGCCUGCACUCUCGCCCAGUGCUUCCAGCUGUACACCAAAGAGGAACAGUUGGCCCCGGACGAUGCCUGGCGCUGUCCCCACUGCAAGCAGCUGCAGCAGGGCCGCAUCAAGCUCAGCCUGUGGACCCUGCCGGAUGUGCUCAUACUGCACCUCAAGAGGUUCCGCCAGGAGGCAGACCGGAGGGUGAAGAUGCAGAACAUGGUGAGGUUCCCGUUGCUGGGGAUGGACAUGGCGCCCCACAUGGUCAAGAGGAGCCAGAGCAGCUGGAGCCUGCCUUCCCACUGGUCGCCGUGGAGACGACCUUACGGCCUGGGACGCAACCCGGACGACUACCUGUAUGACCUGUACGCCGUCUGCAACCACCACGGAAACAUGCAGGGCGGCCACUACACAGCUUACUGUAAGAAUUCCAUCGACGGGCAGUGGUACUGCUUUGACGACAGUGAGGUCCAGCCCGUAGCGGAUGAUGACGUCUGUCAGCAGACGGCCUACAUCCUGUUUUAUCAGCGGAGGACCACCAUCCCUUCCUGGUCAGCCAACAGCUCAGUCGCUGGCUCCACCAGCUCGUCUCUUUGUGACCACUGGAUCAACAGGCUGCCGGGUAGCAGGCCUGCCAGCCUGGCGUCAGGGGCCUCCUCCAGACGCACUUCUCUGGCCUCGCUGGCCGAGUCAGGGGACUUUAUGGGGGACCGUAUGGAAGACGAUGGAGGAUUCUCAACCCGCCCCUUCGUGAGGAGCAUUCAACGCCAGAGCCUGUCCUCCAGAUCGUCCGUGGCCAGCCCGCUGUCCUUCACCGAGAACGGGAUGAAGCCCUCGUGGUCCCUCUCCGCCAAGCUCCAGAUGCGCUCCAACUCCCCAUCCCGCUUCUCUCUGGACUCCCGCUCCUCUCCCCCACUGGAGAGGAUCGGCGAGGCCUGCGACGACAAGGUGUCCACCUCCUGUUUCGGUAGCUACAGCAGGCACGAGCGUUACUUUGGCAGCAGGGCGCCCCUGGCCAUGAUGGAGGGCAACGGCGGCGAUCUGGAUGGCGGGAAGAGGUUCCUAGAUGAGGUCUACUGCAGGGCCCCCACGCCAGCGGACAACAACAACCAGAUCACAGCCCUGGACCAAAACACGCAAGCCACCGCCACCAAGGAGCAGAAACGCAAGAGCAGCAUCGGAGGAUUCUCCUCCAAGUCGGAAACGACCGGGUCGAAAAAGAGCUCCGGCAAAGCCGAGCAAGAGAAAUCCUCCAAGAAACGCCAGUGUGCAUCGGCGACGCCCAAAUCCUCCAUCUCCCAAUCGUUUUCCAGCCCUCAGGUGAAGGGCCUCAGGGGGAUCAACUUUAAAGACAAAAGUGCCAAUGCAAAGACCAGCAACGCGACGCCUACCGGGACCCCUUCCAAAAAGAAAGAGUCUUCCCCUGGUCCAGAGGCAGGUACAGCCGGCACCCCGCAGCGGAAACAACGCAUCUCCUCAACGCCUCAGUCUUCCGCGUCCCCCUCCCCCACGGCGAAGAAGACUUCCGGCAGCACUGAGACUUGCUCCUCCUCCUCCGGCAGCCGCAAGAGACUGGUGGAGAGGAGCUACAGCAGGGACUCAUUUGGGCUCAACAGCCCCCUGGUCGACAAGCCCCGGGGCGGCUCUGCCACGCGGGCCCCCCUGCCCAGGAGCGGGGACAGCAGCCGGCCCGACAGGAGGCCCUUGAGGAGCUCCAGCAGCAUCUCGUCCAUCACCAGCCUUCGCUCGCCCAGCGUGUCCUCCAGAGACCUGCGUCGUAGCAGCAAGUCCGAAGACAAGGGCCUGUCCUUCUUCAAGAAUGCCCUGCGGCAGAGAGAAAGCCGGCGCUCGGCCGAUUUGGGGAAAGCCACCAUCCUGUCCAAGAAGGCCUCAGAGAGGACAGCCAGGGUGAGCAGCCAGACUCUGAACAAUGGGGGCGACGGCGGAGAGGCAGCAGACAGCGUCUCACUCCAGGCCUGCACUGAGCCUCAUCUGGGUGAGCUGGCUCCGGAGGGGAGGUUGUCCUCGAAGCCCUCUGUCAGACACUCACUUUUACCUGUAGGCAAAUCCAAGUCUUCCACUUCUGAAACAAGUCUUAAAUCUCCCACUAAUGGGAAAAAGCCUCUUGAAAGGAUGGCAUCUUCCAGAAAGCUAUCUUCCAGCAUGCAAUCUUCUGCACGCCCAACACAGAAGCCUCAAUAAUAUAUCAACAGUAGUUUCAUUUUUUAGGUAAUGCAGCUAUGUUAUUUUAUGUGCCUAAGAUAUACAUAAAUAUAAAUAUGAAUUUAUAUAUAGAGAGAGUAUAAAGUAUAUACCUGUAUUUUCUUUUAAGAAUCAAGAUGUAAUUUAUCAAAAGCGCCUUUCAGUCCUAUCAUGGAACCAAAUCAUUUGCCUUUGGCAAAGUAUAAGUCCACUACUGUAUGCUAAACUGAAUAGGAAUGUUUUAAGUGAGCACUUUGUAUAUUUUAAACAUUCUUUCCCACUAUAUAGCUAUAAAGUACCCUAACUGUCAAAAGGUUUAAGUAAUAUAAUGUGUUAUAGUGCUUAUACAUGGUUAUAAUUUAUCUAGUUCAAUGAGCUUGGGGUGACAAACUACAAACUUCAUCUUUGAUCUUUGGAAGGAGUUCUGAAAGAAGUGACUCCUUCUCUACACCUGGUGCUGUACCGUGGGGCAGUGUUGUUCUCCGCACUGACGCCAUUCAAAUGCUGAGGUUCCCAAGUAUGUUUUCGUGUGAACACUUUUGAACAUCUUGGCAGCAUUUAGUUGCAUAAGCUGUGGUACCUCAUCUGAGGCGAUAAUGUCUGCCAUUUUUGAAAUAAUAGGCUGCCAUAGAUGUAAUCACAACGGCUUCCUUCAGUUGGAAAUAUGUACAUUUGUGCUUUUUACCUUUAGUUGAUUGUAAGACAAUGACGUGACAAUCUUUAUAUCAUACUUUUAGAAUUUCAGGUGGCAAGAUCAGCAUUUGGAUUUCCUUAUGUUGCCUAUCUAAGGGUAAAACUCGUUGCAGAAUCUUUGUUUUUUUUGUGAUACAGUGAUGGCUAGAAGAGUGAACAUAAUUACAACUUUUAUCGCCACCCCGAUGUUGUGCUACCUUAUCUUUUUAAAGUUGUUUUCAGUUGCAAUAGCCUUGAACUGCCACAGAAUUUGCCCGUUUCUAGUUAGGAUUUAUCCAAGCCUGCAAGUGCAAUACUUUGUUCAUGUCACUGCAACCCCAUCCGAGUUGGUUCGUGGAGGGCAUGUAUUGCAUGUGCUUCUCACAAAUGUCGAACCAGAUUCCCCAGCCAAGUUUGAUAGAUGUCUAUCCAACAGGUCCCAGGUUUAUUCCAGGUUCAGGUCACUCUUGGGAUGGCUUCAAAUCAAUUCAUGCCUCUACCACCCGACAGCUUGAUCAUUCUUUUUUCAGAUUGGGGUGUCACCGCAUACCCCGUCUCCCCCCAAAAAUGCUAUUAUUAUACAGGUUAAUUGGCUUACUAAUGAAAAACAUCUCAAAUGCAAAAUAUUUCUGCGCACACUGCAAUUUCUCUUGGCUGCACAAAAUGUAAACAAACUAAGUUGGCACAUAAGUACCCAUAGAAAUGAAGGACAGUGUUGUCAGGGCAAUAAUGCAGAGAGGCUCAUAAGUAUUUCUGUCUUAAAAGACACAUCAUUGGAACACUUGUCUGUUCUAGCAUUAAUUGGCUUCCACCCAAAGCCAGACUGCUGACUACUUCACUGCCUGUAGCUACAUUCUAUCUUACAUAUUCAAAACUGGUCAUACGUUCAUUAUGACAUUUAGGUCAAAAGCAGGAAUUCUGGUUUGAGAGGCUUUAGGGAGGUUAACAAUACUCUUAAUAAUCUGUCACUUUUAAUUGUUGCCACUGGCAACUGUCAUUGCUAUAACUAUGGAAAUGGUUUGGAUCUAGCUGUAGCAGAGUGUCACUAAAUGGCCCUUCUGCUGUGUCCUGUUAGACCUCAAGACUCAAGCUCCUAGGUUUUGUACUCUGAGUUAAAUCUUUGUUUUAAAGUCAACGUCCGUGAAUGGGGAGUUGAGUAACCCUGUGACCACGUAAUGCUGAGUUGACACAAUUCUGCCGUUCCAUGCUUGCAAGGCAGAACCUUUCUCUGGCCCUGAAAGGUUAAAUGGCGCAUAUUCCUCUUCAUAGUACCAUUAUGAAAGCUGCAGCUUCUUUUCACCUUUUUGUUUGAAGUAGAUGCCACUGUGAUGCCAAGCCGUGGAAUUCCAUAGAGAGACGUAUGGAAAGCAGUAUUGCAUGAUGACACAAAAGCAUGCAUGUCUUAAACUAUGCAAGAGACUGUUGCUAUGUCCUCUACAGAACAAUUUAUGCUUUUUGUUUUCCAAAUGCCAGUUACAGGGAGCAUAGCUCACGACUUCCAUUGCUUUAUUUGCACUCAAAAAAAAAAUGAGGGUAAUCAUCACUUUAAAAUGGCUAAUGUUAGAAUGUCAAUGCUUAAAUUUUUUUUCGUGUGUAUAUAUAUAUAUACACACACACACGCACGCACGCACACACACACACACACACACACACAUAUAUAUAUAUAAUUUUCUUUCUAAGGAGCUGUCUUUGUCGUUUCUUGUUCCAUGUUUGAUUUGUUUAUAGGUUAUCCUGGUGUUACAGACGUUUUUGUUCUAGGUGCUUCAACUGCAAUGUCACUCGUUAAAGAGUGACUUGUAUACCCCCUUGCCAUCACCAGCAAGGACACAAACACUAUGGAUGCAACUGUCUCCCCUUUCACAUUUCAGAUAGUGUGUUUUACAUACGUAGGUCAUUCCUAUACUUUGGUCUUGUUUGAUUUAUACAAUUAUUACAACUGGAAACAAAAGACAAAUGUAAAGCUAGCUAGGUCAUGAAUGUCACUAAUAGUAAUCAAUUGGAGUAUAAUCCUCCUUUUAAGAACUUUACUGGUGCCAUCAGGAAGAACAACUUGUCAUUUAUUGUAUUAGUGCAUUAAAGAGAUCUAAUAUAUUCAGGAAAUGUAACUAGAUAUUCAUAACUAGUCCUUAGACUUUGUAUGAGGUAAAUCAGUCUUGAAUAGUGUGAUAGAUGAGUAUAACACCCUUCAUUUUUCAGUCCUUGAUUCACUCUAGACUGGAACUCAUAAUACCAGGCAGUGUGGAUGUCUAUCUGUUCAAACAAUGUCAUUCUGGAAGCUUGUUCAAUAGGAGAAAAUGAAAUAAUUGCGCAAAAUGAGACUACGUCAAAGCUUUUUAUGUUAAUUUAUUUGUGUGUUUUAUUAAUGAUGUGCAAGCACUUUCAAUAUGCAUAUUUCUUUUCAUAUAUCAUAUUUUACAAUUUCUUUUUUAUGAUACAUUUCUUUGAAAGAAGCAAACAUUUAUAAACAUUGUUGGUUUACCAAUGCAAGAACAAAAAUGUAUGGAAAAAUUAAAACAGGUAUAAAAAAUAUAAAAAGA